AUGGCCGUCAGCACACAGGCAAUAAAUGAGCAGCAGAAAGCUACUAAAAUGCUGGGACCCAGAGUUCGGGACAGUAAUACUUUUGCUUCAAGGAGAUCGGCUUCAUUCUCCGCAAGACUCUCCCCUGCGCCGUUUAGCGCCGGAGCCCGCGGCUGGCGGACGGAGGUGGGCGCGCGUUCCACGGCCCCAGACUGCUGGCUGGCAUUCCUGCCUCCACCACCCCCUGCCCGACCCGCUCUGCUUUCGUGCCACAGACCUGCCUCCCUUCCUCCCUCCCUGCCCGCCCUCUCGCCCUUUCUACCGUCGGCCGACCCCUCACAUGACACAGGAUACCAGUUUCCGCCGGAGUUCCGGCCCAGUCACUAG